AUGGAAAGUUCCAGAAAAAGGCAGCUAAAACCUCCAGAGCGGGCCGCUGCCGAGGGCUUGGCGUCGCCCGGUGGCGCAGCCCCAAGCACACAGCGCGUUCACGGUAUCACUUUCACGUCAGAGCGCAACGCCAGCGCACCCUUAUCGGGGCGCAAGGACCGGGAGGAGGCGGGAGGCCCCGAGGUGUUUGUCAUGGCAUCGCUCCCAGGACGCGCUCCUCGUGGCACUAAUCCCGAGAUUGAAGCAGCUCGAUGCCCAGAUGUGGUUGUGGCGCAAAUAGACCCCAAAAAAUUGAGAAAGAAGCAGACAGUAAACAUUUCAAUUUCUAGAUGUCAGCCUGCUCCUGAAGGAUACUCUCCAACGCUAAAGUGGCAGCAGCAGCAAGUGGCCAAUUUCUCAGCCGUUCGUCAGAGCCUGAACAAGCACAGAAGUCACUGGCGGUCACAACAUUUGGACAGCAAUGUUACUAUGCCAAAAUCAGAGGAUGAAGAAGGCUGGAAGAAGUUCUGCCUGGGUGAAAGAGUAUACUCAGAAGUAGAUGCACUAUCUGAUAAUGAAAGUCUAGGAAUUGAUUACAUAAAGGUGGGCUUUCCCCCUUUGCUAAGUAUCGUAAGCAGAAUGAAUCAGGCAACAGUAACCAGUGUCUUAGAAUACCUGAUAAGCUGGUUUGGAGAGAAAAAAUUUACUCCAGAACUGGGUAGAUGGCUUUAUGCACUGUUGGCAUGCCUUGAAAAACCUUUGCUACCUGAGGCUCACUCCCUUAUUCGACAGCUGGCAAGACGAUGCUCAGAAGUCAGAGUACUAGAGGAGAACAAGAACGAAGAACAAAUAUCAGCUCUGAACUUGAUAAUCUGCUUAGUUAGCAGGUACUUCGAUCAGCGUGACUUAGCUGAUGAGCCUUCCUAGACUGUUUUGAGGAUAUCAAGUAUCUUGUGUUGCCAUAGUACAAACAGCAUUAUCAGAGUUAACAGCAAGACACUGCACUUUUCAGACCUGAAGUACUAUACAACCCCUUCAGAACACCCUCAUGAUAAUGCAUUUGGGACAGCUAUGAAUAACUUAAGCUGAGCUUUAGCAAGAGAUUGUCAAUGUCUCCAGUAUCAUCAUCACCAUCAUCGUAAAGUGGUCAAUGAAGUGUCUAGCAUCAUCUCUUAAGAUACUGUCUCUGUAAACUACAUUCUUGGUUAGAAAUUUCUACCAUCUGAGUAAUCCUGUGGACACUGCUAUUAGCUGAAGUCUGAGGUUACAUUACAAGUGAUUGUUCUUUAUCUAACACACACCUAUUGAGGGCUUUUUUAGUAAAACUGAAGCAUU